AUGAAACUUAAUCCUAAGAAGUGCGUCUUUGGGGUAAAAGCAGGAAAAUUUUUAGGCUUCCUUGUAAGCAAGAGAGGGAUUGACUCGAAUCCAGAAAAAAUUCAAGCUAUUAUCACCUUACCUGAGCCGAGUGUUAAAGACAUUCAAAGCCUGACAGGGAGGACGGCAUCCCUCACCCGAUUUAUUUCUAAGUCAGUAGACAAGGCUCUGCCCUUCUUCACAUUGUUAAGAGGAAAUAGAAAGUUCGAGUGGGGAGAGGAGCAAAGCAAGGCAUUCCUGGCCGUGAAAGAGCAGUUAAAGAGCUUGCCCACCAUCACAAGGCCAAAAAUCGGAGACAUAUUGCAGUUAUAUAUCUCGGUCUCGUCGAGAACAGUCGCGGCCGUCUUGUUGGUGGAACAGGAAAAAAGACAACGACCAAUAUAUUUCAUCACCCACAUUCUUAACGGUCUUGAGAGCUUACAAGCCAGGACUGCCAUCAAGGCACAGGCCCUAGCAGAUUUUAUUCAGGAAGCUUCAUAUGAGGAAGAAGAAGCAGAGCAAGAGCAGAGCUGGCUGCUAGAGGUAGACGGAUUCGCCGCUGUAAGCGGAUUUGGGACAGGAAUAGUAAUGACUAGUCCAGAAGAGAAUGUCUACCAGUACACCAUCAAGUUUGGUUUCUCAGCAUCGAAUAAUGAAGUAGAGUACGAAGCCGCAAUCGCUGGCUUAAGAAUGUGUUUGGCGGCGGGCGCCAAAAACGUACUCUUGAAGACGGAUUUGCAGUUAGUCAGUGGUCAGUUAAGGGGAGAAUUUGAAGUCACAGAGGCCAACAUGAUAAAAUAUGUGGAGAAGACCAAAGAACUGAUUGCCCAGCUAAGCCACUUCGAAGUACAAGCGAUACCCCGAGCCGAGAACAUGAAAGCGGACACCCUGUCUAAACUAGCCAGUUCCGACUCAUUCAACAUUGAAGAAACGGUCACAAUAGAUAUACAAAAAGAGAAGCGUAUCACGGAGCAUGUCGUGACCGUCAACAGCAUAAACCAGCAGGGGGAGUGGUUCAGUGAGCUGGUGGCGUAUAAGCUGACGGGGGCACUUCCUAAUAAUCCCUCGUUCGCCAAGAAGUUGAGAUGA